AUGCUUGAUGCAGAAAGUAAACCUUCAGAGCUUAAUCUUUUGUGUUUUGCUUUCCUGGUAGAUUCCUUUUGCAACACAAAUGACGCGAGGCGCCUCUCAAACUCUUGCCAAAACAGUUCUAUAUGCACUGGUCUUUCAAAAGACAAUUGCUGUUGCUCAGACACAGUCAAUAAUUUGGAUAAAGACUGUGGCAGCCUGAAAGAUGCUUGUUUCUCUAGUCCCUGUCAGCAGAACGCUUCUUGUGUCAACACCACAGAGCUAGGCUUCCGGUGUAAAUGUCCCCCUGGCUACAGUGGGGUGACCCGUGAGACUGCCAUUGGCUACUGUGGCAGCAACGUCUGCCGGCAUGGAGGCAUCUGUCACUCCCACCCUGUGGGCCCUGUCUGCAUCUGCCUUGCAGGGUUUGCUGGAAGCUUCUGUGAGAAGGAUUACGAUGAGUGUGCUUCCAGCCCCUGUCACAACAGAGCCAUGUGUCAAGAUGGAAUCAAUGGCUAUUCCUGCUUCUGCGGCCCUGGAUAUCAAGGCAGCCACUGUGACUUGGAGGUGGGUGAAUGUGUUUCAGAACCCUGCAAGAACGAGGCUGUGUGCCUUAAUGAGAUAGGAAGAUACACUCGUGUCUGCCCCCAAGAUUUUACUGGUGCAAACUGUGAAAUGGAAAUUGAUGGCAGUUGGACACAGCCCUGCCUGAAUGGUGGGACUUGUCAGGACGUUUUGGGCAGUUCUUUCUGUGCCUGUGCCCCUGGAUUCCAAGCAGGCCACUGUGAACUCCACUUGGAUGAGUGUCUGAGCCAGCCGUGCCGCCAUGGUGGGCUCUGCAUGGAUGGAGACAACAGAUAUAUCUGUAACUGCAUGGGUAUUGGGUUCACAGGGAUACACUGUGAGACCUGGAUGCCUCUAUGUUGGUCAAAGCCCUGUCAUAAUAAGGCUCCAUGUGAGAACAGCUUUGACAAUUACACUUGUCACUGCUGACCUGGAUACACGGGUGCCCAGUGUGAGACCGACAUCAAGUGCCAUAAUAAUGCAUGCCAGGCUGGCGGGGUAUGUGUGGAACUGUCCACAGAGCAACUAUAUGGAAGCAUUGCUGAGCUGCCCACUGCAUUCAGCUAUCAUGAAGCCGCAGGUUAUAUUUGUGUCGGUCAGCCUGGAUUCACAGGCACCCACUGUGAAGAGGACAUCAAUGAAUGCGCUUCAGAUCCUUGUCAAAAUGGUGGCACCUGCGAAAACACACCUGGCAAUCACACUUGGUGCACCGUUGGUCCCCAUUCCAGAGCAUCUUUUGGAGGAGAAGACUGUGCUGAUAUCCUCCUGGGAUGUCUACGUCAUCAGUGUCUAAAUGGCCAGCAUGGGUCCAGCUGCCUGUGUCCAGCUGGCUACACGGGAUCGCUGUGUGAAACAGGCACCACUCUUUCUUCUGAGGGCAAUGGCUUCCUGAGGGUGGCAGGUGGCUCGGGAAGGAGCAAGGGCUCCGCUUGUGACACCGCUCUGCGGUAUAGGACUGUCCACGGCACGGCCCUGCUGCCCCUCCGAGGCCUCGGGAGCGCCUUUGUGAGGCUCGAGCUGCGGGACGGGCGUCUUCACCUCUCCGUUCAAGCCAGGCGUCAGUCCAAGGCCCUGCUGCGUCUUCCGCACAACACCAGCGACGGAGGGCGGCAUUCCGUGGAGAUAACGUUUGCAGAGCCCGUGACCCUCACCUCGCUCGAUGCCUAUUCCUGCGCAGAGAAAUGCAUCGCGACAGCGUCUCCAUUUGAAAGGAAUCAACCAAGGUGCACUUUCCAAAACUCCUUUUUGGGUGGCUUCCCAAGAGGAAAGAGCAAACACGGUGACGUUCGGCUGAACACCUAUCAUAUCCCAUCCACACCUCCGUUUGUAGGCUGUCUCCGAGACAUUAGGAUGGAUUUGAAUCACAUUACCGCAGAGAACAUUUCAUCAGGCCUGUCGUUCAAUGUCAAGGCCAGCUGUGUGAAAAAGGAUUGGUGUGACAGCAAACCUUGUCAAAAUAGAGGGCGCUGCAUCAACCUGUGGUUUGGUUACCAAUGUGAUUGCCACGGCCCUACGCAGAAUCGGGACCUUGUCACCCUCUGGUGCAUGCUGGACCCAGCAGAGAAGGAUGAAAAGAGCGUGUCUGUGAACGUCCGAAAAGGAACGCUGGUGUGGUUAAGCUUUGGCCCUGGAACCACAAAGUCCGCAGUUGAAAACCGCCGGCAGCGCCGCAGGAGUAUUCCAAGUGCUGUGUUUAAUGGCCAAAGCCAUGGAAUAUUAUUCAGGAGCAAUGGGAAUAUAACCAGAGAGCUCACCAACAUCACAUUCGGUUUCAGGACAAGGGAUGUGAAUGUAGCAAUAUCGCAUGCAGAGAAAGAGUCUGAAUUUCUCCAUAUUGGCAUUCAAGACUCCAGAUUAUUAUUCCAAUUACAAAGUGGCAACGCUUUCUCUGUGCUGAAUCUGACGAGUUUACAGCCGCUAAACGAAGAUACAUGGCACCAAGUGACUCUUUCCAUGACAGACGCAUUGGCCCAGUCCUCUAAGUGGCAAAUGGAAGUGGACAACCAUACACCGAGUGUGACCAGCGCCGUUGCUACCGGAAAUCUCAACUUUUUGAAGGCUGAAACAGACAUUCAAGUUGGUCACCAAACUUUGGACAAUAGGAAUGGUUUGUGAGGCUGCCUGAGUACAAUAGAAUUCAGUGGCAUUUAUCUCUCUUACUAUGAAAACUUCCCUGAUUUCACUAAUAAACCUCAUAAAGAAGAGUUUCUCAAAAUGUCUGCAAAUGCCGUGCUUACUGGCUGUUUGGAGCUCAAUGCCUGCCACUCUGACCCCUGUUUGCCUGGUGGCAAGUGUGAAGCCAUCUACAGCUCCUAUCAUUGCGCCUGUCCCUUGGGAUGGUCAGGGACACACUGUGAACUCAACAUGGAUGAAUGCUUCUCUAACCCCUGUAUCCAUGGUAACUGCUCUGUCAGUGGUGCAGCCUACCGCUGCAGUUGUGAGCCUGGAUACCUGGGCGUGAACUGUGAAGUGGAGAUAGACAAUUGCCAGAGUAAACAGUGUGUAAGCGGGGCCACCUGCAUCAGUGACACUAAUUCUUGUCUCUGUUUGGACAAUUUUACUGGGAAAAUGUGCAGACACAACAGAUUACCCUCAACAGACUGUGGGAACGAGAAGACGAAUCUCACUUGCUACAAUGGAGGCAACUGCACCGAGUUCCAGGGCGCCUUCCGAUGCACGUGGCCAGGUUUUACGAGAGAGCGGUGUGAAAAGGACAUCGAUGAGUGUGCCUCUGAUCCGUGCUUCCACGGAGGCCGGUGACAGAACCUAGUCAACCAGUUCCAGUGCCUGUGUGAAGUCGCGUUCGCUGGCCAGCACUGCGGGGUAGACUUGGCAGAUGGCUUGAUCUCCGACGUUUUCACGGCGAUUGGCUCAGUGACACUAGCCUUGCUAUUGAUCCUCUUUCUGGGAGUGGUGGCUUCUGUCGUAGCCAUUAAGAAAAGGGCGACACAGGGAACCUACCGCCCAAGCCGCCAGGAAAAGGAGGGCUCCCGGGUGGAAAUGUGGAUCAGACUGCCACCGCGCUGGGGAGACUGA